AUGAAUUUAAUAUAUUUAUUCGCGUUUGCCUUAGUGGGCCAAGCUAGAGCCCUUGUCGAACUAAAUUGCAGUGAUAACGCAACAUGUAUAGACUUUAUGACUAGAGAAUUCGUUAGGAGUAUAAGGCAGAGGAAAGCGGUGAAGCUUUUUGACACAUUCACUAUAGAGCCAGUAGAAAAUGCAAGACAGGCGAGAAGCAAGGAUCCCCUAACGCGGUUACUCACAAGUCACGCGAUCAGCUUCGACUGGAACGAUUUUACCUUCAAAUUUUCGAACACGGAGGAUAAAAGUGACGCCUUAGACUUGGAGGUGUAUGAAAGCAGGACUGCUAAAGAUGUUUCGGACGAAGCUCCGAAGAAAUCAAACAGCAAGGUGGAGGAAGAAGUACCACAGGACAAAACACCAAAACGCACCAGACGGCGACACAAACGGAAAGUCAUGCAAGCGGUGAUCCCUCUCUUAUUUGGAAUGAAGUCAGCCGCGAUCGCUAUCUUCUCGCUGGCGGUGGUAGCAGUCAUCACGAUCAAGGCAUUCCUGGCUAGCAAGCUAGCCCUGCUGGUGACUGUUGGAAUGGCUGCCAAGAAGUUGUAUGAGAAUUAUACCGGCGGCGCCGGUUUGCAAAAUCAUCCAUUCCUUUACUCGCAAUACCCCAUUGAUUUUCCGAGCGCCUCAUCGCACGCAUACUCUGUAAGCGGAAUGAGUCAACAGUUUGGUUCCAAUGAGAUGUUCAGUCCAUCUGGACUGGGCUCACAGACACACACUCACGAAAUUCUGCAAUCGAACGACCCCAGUGCUCAGCAGUCGCAGCAGGCGCCAUCUGUGCUAGCUAACUCGACGCGAGCAGCAGAACGAUGGGAUGGGUACCGGAGACGUCCAAUUUUAUAUGGAAGCUCGCGCAGUACGUCAAAUUCCUAUUUGGCCUCGGACCGCCGCCGCUAA